AUGGUGACAGAUGGUGAUAAAAGGUUCGCCGGACGGCUGGAGGUGGAGACAAUGUUGGUGGUCAGCGACUGGCCGAUAAUACAGUUUUCUUUCGCUUCUAUUCUGUCGAAUACUUCACACAUGGCCGACGACACAGCAGUCACUGUUUAUGGCAGCAACGCCAUAUCUGAUCCCAACAAGAAGAACAAGAAUGCGUUCUCAGUUAAGGUCGGAUUAGCCCAAAUGCUCCGUGGCGGAGCGAUUGUCCAAGUCACAAAUGUUGACCAAGCUAAGAUCGCUGAAUCCGCCGGAGCUUGUUGUGUCAUUGUCGCAGAGCCAUCGGAAUCCGGAGGAAUUUCACGGAUGCUCGAUCCGGCCCUUAUUAAACAAAUCCAACGGGCUGUCGGAGUUCCGGUUAUGGCGAAAGCGCGGGUGGGGCAUUUCGUUGAAGCGCAGAUUCUCGAAGCUGUCGGCGUUGAUUACAUAGAUGAGAACGAGGUUAUCGCGAUAGCUGAUGAGGAUAACUUCAUCAACAAACAUAACUUCCGGAUUCCGUUUGUGUGUGGAUGUCGGAAUUUGGGAGAGGGGUUAAGGAGGGUGAGAGAAGGUGCGGCGAUGAUCAGAACUCAAGGAGAUCUAUCUGGAUCAGGGAACAUUGCUGAAACUGUUCGAAACGUGAGAGAAGUAAUGGGGAAAAUUAGGGUUUUAACAAACAUGGAUGAAGAUGAAGUAUUCACAUUCGCGAAAGAAUUAGGCGCACCUUACGACAUCUUGGCGCAAACGAAGCAAAUGGGUAGGCUUCCGGUGGUUCAUUUUGCUGCCGGAGGUAUUACAACACCUGCAGAUGCCGCCCUGAUGAUGCAGCUUGGGUGCGAUGGUGUGUUUGUGGGAUCUGAAGUGUUCGAUUGUUCUGAUCCUUAUAAGAGCGUCAGGGCAAUCGUGCAAGCUGUUAGAAACUACAAUGAUGCUCAUAUAUUAGCGAAGGUUAGCUCUGGGCUAAAUGAUUCCAUCGCAACCACUUCUGAUGCAAUGACAGGUUUGAAUCUUAAUGAGAACACUGGCAGUCGCUACUAA